AUGAUCCUACCAACUACAUUCACGGCAUCACCAGGUCUCGCAAAUAGUGUUGCAGCGACCUGGACCGAGCACCUAGCAGUUGCGGCCUCGAGUUCGAUGCUACUUUUCACUCGCUCACAGGGAGGUGCGUGGGACUCUCAAGCUGUAGUAAAGUCACUUGAAUCGGAUCUUUUGGCCUUGGAGUGGAUAUCGUAUACUACUGUCGCGCUCGGCUGUAGAGACGGAACCAUCCGACUAUAUGACACAAGAUCAGGGGGCUCAAGUCACGUCUUGACACAUCCCGCGCCCAUCUCAAAGCUCAAGCGUGCCGACGACGAGACUAGACUGAUAUGCUCUGGGCUUAACGACACGCUUUUCCUAUACGACAUUCGCUCACCUCGCUUAUCUCGGAAUUCAUCGCGAAAGACGUUCAAUUACGAAAACCACCACUACAACGAGGAAUACUUUCAGAAUCUGUAUCCGACUCAUCGCGAUAGUCACAAACGCCGCAAGCUUAACCACAAAGCUUUUAAGAACUGGUCGCAGCCAGUCAUGACUUUCGCACACCUGAACAGAGACGAGCUGGAACUAGACAUCGAUGUAUACCCAAGACUCGGACUUCUGGCAGCAGCCCAAGACACAACGGAAGGUACAGUGAUACGGAUUAGCAACAUCUGGACAGGUAAAUCUGUCAAGGAGAUUGAUCCAGGCAGCACGCACCAGGCCAAAAUCCGCUCACUCAAAUUCAUUGAACGCGGCUUUGACGGCAAUAUAAUCCCCGAACGAGCGCACAACCAAACUUUCCGCACCAACCAUCGGCCUUUCCCCCACCAAGGGUUCCAGUAUUACACUUGGCACAGAAUCAUUUCGCAGAGUCCGAAAGCCGCGAAGAUAAUCAUGUCAAACAUCGAUCUCGAAAAGUGCACCGCCACUUACUCGCCCAUCAGAGCCAUCCCCAGUACCAACCCCCGCACCUCCAACAUCAAGAUGUCGUUCCCUAUCCUUAUUGCGUACAUCGGUCUCUACGUCGGAACCUACUACCUCAGUCCCACUGGCCCUGGAUCCGAGCACCGCGACGGCGACUCCGGACGUAUACCACCUCUGGCAAUCGUGCUCACGCUACUCGGUCCUGAACUAAUUCAAAAAGCGUUUGUUGUCACGACUGCGAUCUCAAAGACAGAGUCUCCAUGUUUCGGUUUCGGGUGGCUGGCUUAUAGCUUGUCACUCUUGUCGUCAGUCGUGAGUGGUAGUAGUGAUCUAAUGCCGAAACCGGAGUGCGAUGUGCAGGUUUUGGACAUGAAGACGGGGAAGAGACGGUUGAAUAGGGAGUUUGCUGUUGCAAGGCUGCUCCGCGACCUGCAGUUUCGCUCUGUUUCGUCUAGCAUUGAUGGCAAGUUUGACCAGGAUAGCGAUGUCGUUGUGGAGGUCCUCCAGCCCACUGGCAUAUCCUCCGCUUCCACUUCCCUUAGAACCCUACUCCAGAGCAGCAGCUUGAUGACUGCAAUCCUCCAAUUCUGUCUUGCCGGCGCAUUCUGGUUCUACUACGCCGACCUCUCACCCCUUCUGCUACUCAGCAUAUCGAUCUUGCUUAUCGAAGCUACAGCCGGCCUACCUGUCUGGACUCAGAAAAACGCUUCCUUUACACACAGUAGUCGCAAAGGCGCAUACGCACUCAUGCGCGACACCGACUCCCCACCCAGCCACAUCUACAUCAUCCAGCCCUCCCCAACUGCAUCCACCAAGGCCGAAAGCACGACCACACAUCACGACACAUCUACCAACGCCUCAAAUCCUUGGAUCUCACCCGUUAUCCUCAUCGCCGGUGCCUUCCUGAGCCAGGCCCUGCUCUACACCCAGCUCUCAGAUAACGCAGCCAUCGCUAUGCUAAUUAUCAUGUUCGUUGGUACGAUUAGUAACAUUGCUAUCGUUGCUAUGCCGCGCGUGCCACAGGUCGAUGGCGUGAAACUGGAAUCUGUUGGUGUGAUGAAAGGGGAGGGGAGUGUUGUGGAGGUUUUGAAGGAGGUCGAGGCGAGGUUCGAGGGGUAUGGGGAUGUGCUACUGAAGCAGUGUUUCCCUGAGAUGAUCGGGAAAUGGGAGGGUGGAAUCAAGAAGGAGAGGAUGGGGGAGAUGGAUUAA